CAUACUUCUCAGUUUGGGAGUAUAACAGUGUCUUCUAUAAAGCAAGAUAACUAUUUGUCAGAAAAAAGAGAAAAGAUAUGAUAGGCUAUUAUAAACGAAAUACUUUUGAGGGUUCCAGUUCAGGCAUUGUACAGGGGAGGCUCCGUUUUCUCAUCUGGAAAUGGAUUAAUACACAUGGUUGUUAAGAUUAAAUAAGGGAACAUCAGAAAAACACCUAGGACAGAGUUUGGUACAGAAAUACUCAGUAAAUGUCAAUUCCCUGUCCAUCCUUUCUUAAUGAGCUGUGGGAAAACGCUCCAAAGUCCCACAAGGUCUGAUGAACGCUCCUUGCCCUUCCUAUUUCCUAGUUUUGACAUUGGAGAUCAUAGAAAUGCCUCUUUCUUCCUUUCUUCCUCUCCAACACAAGGAAGUGGUCGUCUCUGUUCUCUUGGGUUCGGAAGCUUGUGCCUCCCAGGAUAGCCCAGCCCUGGGUUGCAAGUCGUGGGGGAGGAGAGCUGCGGAUUCGGCCUGCGCAGCGCAGUGGGGAGGCGACCGCCCGGCGAUGGGGAGGCGGGCGCAGUCGACCCAAGGGUGGAGAAGGGGGAAGGCGAAGGACGCGCGUUCCCGGGCUCGUGACCGCUGGCGGCCCGGGUAACCCGGGCCCAGACAGGCGGAGAUGGCAGGCGGAGGGGACCGGCGUGUCUUGGGCACCCUCCACCUGCUGCUGCUGGUGGCCGUCCUGCCCCUGGCGGCCUGGGGUGUCAGUCGGGGCCCCGCAGCCUGGACCGAGGAGAAGAAUGAUCACCAGCCGGCCAUUUUGAAUUCAUCGUCUCUUCGCAAAGUGGCAGAAGGCACCAGUGUUUCUGAAAUGUGGCAAAAUGACUUACGACCUUUGCUGAUAGAGCGAUAUCCGGGAUCCCCUGGAAGCUAUGUUGCUCGCCAGCACAUCAUGCAGAGAAUUCAGAGACUUCAAGCUGACUGGGUCUUGGAAGUGGACACCUUCUUAAGUCAGACACCCUAUGGGUACCGGUCUUUCUCAAAUAUCAUCAGCACCCUCAAUCCCACAGCUAAACGACACUUGGUCCUUGCCUGCCACUACGACUCCAAGUAUUUUCCCCACUGGGACAGCAGGGUAUUUGUGGGAGCCACUGACUCAGCUGUGCCAUGUGCAAUGAUGUUGGAACUUGCCCGAGCCUUAGACAAGCGACUCCUCUCCCUGAAGAACACUUCAGACUCCAAGCUAGAUGUCUCACUCCAGAUGAUUUUCUUCGAUGGGGAAGAGGCUUUUCAUCACUGGUCUCCUCAUGAUUCUCUAUAUGGGUCUCGGCACUUAGCUUCAAAGAUGGCAUCGACCCCACACCCACCUGGAGCAAGAGAUACCAACCAACUGCACGGCAUGGAUUUAUUGGUCUUACUGGAUUUAAUUGGAGCUCCAAAUCCCACAUUUCCCAAUUUUUUCCCAAACUCUGCCAGAUGGUUUAGUAGGCUUCAAGCAAUUGAACAUGAACUCCAUGAAUUAGGUUUGCUCAAGGAUCACUCUUGGGAGAGGCAGUAUUUCCAGAAUUCUGGUUAUGGAGGUGUGAUUCAGGAUGACCAUAUUCCAUUUUUAAGAAAAGGUGUCCCAAUUUUGCAUCUGAUAACAUUUCCUUUCCCUGAAGUCUGGCACACCAUGGAUGACAAUGAAGAAAAUUUGGAUGUGAUAACCAUUGGCAACCUAAACAAAAUCAUACAAGUCUUUGUGUUAGAAUAUCUUCAUUUGUAAUAUUCUGAUUUAGAUUAUGGUAAUUGUAUCUAGUAUCACAUUAAAAAAUCAUGGCACAGUUUAAAAUAAACUGGCUCUAGGCAAAUGCUGUGUGGAAACUUUUAUAGAUUCAUUCUUUUGGUAUCUUUGGAUAUGUGAUCAAUAAAUCAUAGGUUUACAUCA